AAGCGCUGGCAAUCUUGAGCUGCAAGACAAAGGGUGGAAAGGGAAACAGAGGCACAGAGCAGUAACAUGGGUUACCCCAGAUCACGAAGCAGUGGUUUAAGUUGGGAACCCCGUUCCCGCACCGUGGAGCAGGUCCACCUACGCUGCACCGAGGGCUCCCUGGAAUGGCUGUAUCCAGCCCGAGCCCUGCGUGUUGUCCUGGAGCCCAACUUGUCGAGCACCAGACACACCACGGUCUGCAUCAAGCCAGCGAGUGACUUCCAGGGUGCCAGCAUCUACGUGGAGCGCGCCGGGCAGCUGCACCUGGUGGUGAGCGAAGCCGAGGAGGCGCGGCUGCGCCACGUGUCCUGUUUCAGUGCCCACACGCCACAGCGGGUCGCCCUUUUCCUGCAGGCUAGCCCACAGAGGGAUAUCAGCCGCAGGAUGGCCAGCUUCCAGUACGAGCUGCUGAGCAACCAGAGUGCGGCGGGCCCUGACUUCCAGAAAAUGGCCCUUGUGGAAGCGAUGUGCCGUCCUUGUGACAACAUGGAGCUUCUGAUGGCCAUUUGCAGCAGUGAUUUUGUCGUGAGAGGAUCGAUCCAAAAUGUUUCCCAUGACCCUGAAAAUCACAUGUCCCAGGUUGAAGUCAGCGUCCAGAAAGUCUACAGGCAGAAAAACAAAAUUUUCCGACAGGACGAAGCAACUGGUGAAUGGAGGGGCCCCAUAAAAACCCUGCUGCAGUGCAAGGUAAAGAAAGGUGCUGGAGAUUUCCUGUUCACUGGCAAUGAACAUUUUGGAGAAGCUUGGCUGGGCUGUGCCCCUAGAUUUAAGGACUUCAAUUCUAUUUACCAAACAGCCAGAGACAGGGGAACAAACCCAUGUGAGUUUCAGUUUAGCUGAAAUGCAUGUUACAAGAGCGCUGACUAAAGGAUUGCAGCCCCGUGUUUGGGUGCUGUUCAUGAGGUGCAGCAAAGGCUGAAGACAGAUUUCACUAGAGCUAGGGCUGGGAGAGCCUCUUGGAGUUUAUGACUCUAUGAACCUCUCAAACCAGGACAGUGAGGCUGCAAAAUGGUUGAAAUUCAUGAAGUGCUUUGCUUAUAAUUCAAAUACAGGUGCCUCUCCUGCCUCCAGGGGACCUUCUGAUUUUUUAAGGGGCUGCUUUUCCCCCCUAGCUGAAGAGUAGCCUGUGCUGAGUGUUAGAGGUAGGAGAUGCCUCACAAAAUCUAGGAUGCCCUAAGUGGGUGUCCUAUCUGUUUUGUAUUUUUCAUUAGCUUUUUUCUCCCCUAUUCUCCCCCCACUCUUACUUUUUUAACUCUGUGCUUCCGUUUUCACUCGGUAGAUUCCCUCCCGCCCACAUACAGUAAGGAGAAUGCAGACUCAAUGACAUUGAGAGUUUGAGUUGAACUACUAAGCCCACAGCCUAUCAGUGGGUUUGUCAGUUUCCUGCGGUUUCUCUCUUGGGAAGUUACAGUUCAGUAGAACACAUGCAAACUAAGGCUCUGGGGCAUAAGCUCAGCUGCUGUAAACCUGUAUAGCUCCCAGGACUGCACCAGUUUAUAGCAGCUGAAGGACCUUGGUGUAGAUAAGGGCUGUUGUGGUGAUGAUCAUCACCUUGGUUAACAUGAGUUACUAACAUGAUGAAUUGUCCCAGUUCAGCCAAGCCCUAUAAGAAAGGUACAGCAGGUAAAAACUGUUUAUUUCAAGGCGAGUCUUGCAUGGUUAGCCCCCCCACCAUGCAUUUUAAUCACAACUCACUGUAAGUAGCAGUCGAUGUGUAGAAAGUGUUCCAGUUGAGACAGAACCGAAGGUUGUGCUGUAUUGAAAGAGGUGCAACGGAUGUCCUGUUAUUGAAUCUAAUCUUCCUGUUUGUUCAAUAUUGUGAUUAAGUAAAUGAACAAUGCUGUUAACGUUUGCACUGUGAACUUUGCGCAGCUAAAACGAAGAGAAGUUUUGAGGAACUUAAGUUUCAGAGACAGUUGCGGGCAUCCCAGAGUCGGCACUCACUUGCUCUUCUGAAAGUCCGUGCCCCCUGAAUAUCAUUUGUAAGAGUGGGCUUGUCUAAAGGGAUAGUGUUAUUUGGUUGGUUUUUUAAAGUGCAGUCCACAUUUCCCAGCUGUACUUUGCACUUUCAAACAUUGUGUUUGCUGAUCACCUAUGUACUGUAUUUGACUGUUUUGUAUAUUUGGGAACAAAAUUGUACAUGCUGAUCUUAUACAUGAUUGUGUAUUUGUUUUGCCUAUGAGUACAAAAGCCCUUAGCUGUAUCUCAGCACCAUUACCUGGAAAAUAAAAUAUUUUGUUUUCAAAAGCUUGAGGAUAGAUCAACAUUACUUUAGUAACUUAGUCUUUCAGAAGAACUUGUAGCUACAUGGUGUUUUACGGAGUGUUAGGUGUUUUUAAUGAUCCACUAUGAAAUUAAUCUGGGUACAAGGUAUGUACAUAUAAAGGCCUGCAUAUCAGAUAAUAUAAUAUAUAGUUUUGCAGGGCCUCACCACUCUUGAAUUUAGCAACCCGAACCACCCACAGGCUGACAGAAUAAUGAACAACACAUGAGAGAUCGUGCAUGUUGCCUGUGUUCCUAUUCCAGCCGUGCUACACUCUACACCCAUUGCACUGCAUUAAGAGAGAUCUAAGGUCACGAC